GUGAAACACAAACUAAUGGAUAAAAGUCCAGCGGAAGCAGCCGAGACCAAGAAAUCAAAUCUUCAAGGUUUUGUGAUCUCUAUGUUCAUAGCUGUUCUUCUUUAUCUUGUCUUACUAAUUAAGUUGCCUCCUUUGCCUGUUCUUUGGUCGAUUGUUUAAGUGCAUAUAUAGAUAGGACUGACUUCAUUUGCAGGGCGGAUCAUUACAUGCUGCAAUAACCUUACUUUCUGGAUGCAGAAAUGAAUAGUGAUGAUGAGCAGAAAUUCAUAAAGAUGACAGAACAAGAAGAAGAUAUCAUAUACAGAAUGCACAGGCUGGUUGGAGAAAGGUGGGACUUGAUAGCAGGCCGUAUUCCAGGACGAAAAGCAGAAGAAAUAGAGAGGUUCUGGAUAAUGAGUGAACAAGAACCAAAGUGCUGAAAAACUCCUCAACUUUCACAAUCAAUUAAGGGAUUCCUUUAUUCUGUCUUCAUUUAAACUGCGUUGAUAUUCUGCAGUAUAAAGAGUAGAGAUAUAAAUGGUGUUUGAUUUGUGUUUUCCCUAAUGAAGUUUUUUAUUUUCAAAAUAAUUGAUGUUGUUACUCUGUUUCCAGCACAUGCAUACAUGUAGCUCUUACCUAACAAUGAUUCGCGAACAUUUUUUUUUUUUA